CACUGACUAACAACAUCUCGCCAUGACAGCACCACCACCACUACCACGAGACGUGCCAGAUGACGAGGGCUACCCGCUCUCGCUCGACGAAUACGCGCGGUACGGGCGGCAGAUGAUGAUGCCAGACUGGGGCCUGGAAGGCCAGCUCAAGCUCAAGGCGGCGCGCGUCGCGGUCAUCGGCGCGGGAGGGCUCGGCUGUCCGCUCCUGCAGUAUCUCGUCGGCGCGGGAGUCGGCACCAUUACCAUCUACGACCACGACACCGUGUCCGCGAGCAACCUGCACCGGCAGGUGCUGCACACGACCGAGCGGGUGGGGAUGAACAAGGCUUUGUCGGCGUGCGUUGCGCUCGCGGCCCUCAACCCGCACGUCAACCUCCAGCCGCGGCCCGAACCGAUCCUGCCCUCCACCGCGCUCGACCAGCUGCGGGACCACGACCUGGUCGUCGACUGCACCGACCGCCCGUUCACGCGGUAUCUGGCCAACGAUGCGGCGGUGCGGCUGUCCCUCCCGCUCGUCUCGGGCGCAGCGAUCGCCUCGGCGGGCCAGUGGGCCGUGUACGGCGGGAGCGUAGGCACUGCCCGCCGCGCAUGCUAUCGCUGCCUGUGGCCGCGCGUCGUCGGCGACGCGGGCAGCUGUGCGGAUAACGGCGUGUGGGGCCCUGUCGUGGGCAUGGUUGGCACCGCGAUGGCGAGCGAGGCCAUCAAGCUCGUGAUCGGGCGGGAGGACGCCCAGCCCCUGCUCCAUCUGCUCCACCUCGGCGGCGCGCCCCUCGUCCGCAGCGUGCGCAUGCGCGGGCCGAGCGUGAAGUGUAUUGCCUGCGGACCUGACGCGACGAUCACCGACGACCUCGAGGCGGUGGGCUACGACGAGUUCUGUGGCAUUACGCCGCAGGACGAGGAGACGGGCCUCGUCGCCGGCGGUGUGGGCGAGCGCAUUGGGGUCAAGGACCUCGCAGAGAUCCUCUCCCCCGAGGUCGUGCUCGUCGACACGCGCCCACCGACAGAGUUUGGCAUUUGUGCGCUGCCCCACUCGACAAACAUUCCCCUCCAGACCAUCCUCGCCACGCCCGACGCUGUGCCGUCCGCCUCUGACAUCCUCUUCAUCUGCCGCCGUGGCAACGACAGCCAAAUCGCAGCGGCGCGUCUGCGGACAGCACGUCCAGACGCGCGCGUGCGCGACGUCCGCGGCGGGCUGACUGCCUGGAGCCGGGACGUGGACCCCAAGUUCCCCGUGUACUAGUCAUUCGCCUCUGUCAC